GUGCUCCUGCUGGCCAGGCCACAACGGCACAUUGUGUUUGUUGUUUUUCGAAAUUCGCAAAGUGUGUUUUUGUGUUUUGUUGCGGUUGCGCCUGUGUGUGUGAGUGUGUGCCCCAGCUUGUGUUUUGGUAUCCAGACACAGGAGCGGCGGCGGCGGAAAGAGAGAGAGAAGAGGAGACAGAGGACGGAAAAGCAGAAAAACAGAAACACAAACCAAAAGACACGGCAAAUCAGUCUAGUCAACAAAAGCAGACCAAAUGAGCACGCACUCCGAGACUAACGAGCAGCACAAACUAAGCCAAAAAUAAAGCUAAAGAUAAAGGAGAGGCAGCGGCAGCGGCAGCAUCGCAGCAGCACUUCCCACUACACUGAGCGAAAUCGGGUCGAGAAUCGCCGGCACGAUGCGGGUGGUGGCCAUGGUCAGCGGCGGCAAGGACAGCUGCUACAACAUGAUGCAGUGCGUCGCCGAGGGCCACGAGAUCGUCGCCCUGGCCAAUCUGCAUCCCAAGGACAGAGACGAACUGGACAGCUUUAUGUACCAGACGGUCGGCCACAUGGGCAUCGAGAUUCUGGCCAGCGCCAUGGGACUGCCGCUCUACCGGCGCGAGACCAAGGGCAAGAGCACCCAGACCGGCAAGCAGUACGUGCCCACCGACGACGACGAGGUCGAGGAUCUAUAUAGUCUGCUGGAGACAUGCAAGCACGAACUUCAGGUGGACGCGGUGGCCGUGGGCGCCAUCCUGUCGGACUACCAGCGCGUGCGUGUGGAGAACGUGUGCAGCCGCCUGAACCUGAUAUCCCUGGCCUACCUGUGGAGGAGAGAUCAGACUGAACUGCUGCAGGAGAUGAUCGACUGCCAGGUGCACGCCAUCAUCAUCAAGGUGGCUGCCCUGGGCCUCGUGCCGGAUCGUCACCUGGGCAAGUCGCUGCGCGAGAUGCAGCCGCACCUGCUGAAGAUGCGCGACAAGUACGGACUGAAUGUGUGCGGCGAGGGCGGCGAGUACGAGACCUUCACCCUGGACUGCCCGCUCUUCCGGCAGCGCAUCGUGGUCGAGGACAUCCAGACGAUCAUCAGCAGCGCGGAUCCCAUCUGCCCGGUGGGCUACAUCAACUUCACCAAACUGACGCUGCAGCCGAAGGAGGCGGCGGGCGCGGCCAGCAGCGGCGGCGGCGGCGGCUGCGGCGGCGAGGUUGUGUUCGUGAAGCGUUCGCUCGACUACAUCAGCGAUCUGAACGAAUCGACGUACAGCGACCUCAGCGAUCCGGACUUUAGCGAGACGGAGCUGGAGCUGAUCGAGAAGGAGACACGGCUGCGCGAAUCGCUCAGCCAAAGCGAGCUGAUCUCGCGCAGCAACUCCUUUGGCCGCCAUCUGGCCGCCACCGCCUCCUCGCCGAUACCCAUUGUCACGAAGAGCGCCAGCGUCGACGAGCCCACAGCGGCGGCGGCGGCGACGACGAUCCUGGGCGGUGGUCUGGGCGGGCCGCCAAUCUGUUCCACCUCAGCCUGUGCGUCCAUGCUGCUGGCCACCACCGCCGACGGCCUGAGCAGCCUGGCCAGCUCGCAGAGCCACGGCGGUGGCCAUGGGCUUGGCAGCAGCACGGCCGCCGUGUGCGGCUCGCUGUCGCUGGCCAUCUCCUCGCUUGGGCUCAGCGCCAAUACCUGCUGUCAUCCGGGCGGAGCUGGAGGAGGAGCAGCCACCUCGGCCACCACACAGCCGCCCAGUCCGCUGAAGUACGAGCGCGAGUUCCGUCCACUGGCCAACGAGGCCAGAGCGGCCAUCAAUGCCAAGGGCUGGAUGUGGCUGGCGGGCAUACAGGGCUCCGGAUCGGAGGGCAUUGAGCAGGGCAUGGAGCAGGCCCUGGACACGCUGCGCGAGAUGUGCCAGGCCAAGGGCUACGAUCUGCAGGAUCUGUGCUAUGUCACGCUCUACGUGCGCUCGAUUGGCGAGUAUCCGGCGCUGAAUCGGGUCUACCAUCGCGCCUUCGACUUCCACAAUCCGCCGACGCGCGUCUGCGUCGAGUGUCCGCUGCCCGACGGCUGCCACGUGGUGAUGGAGGCCAUCGCCUACCGCCAGCCGGUGGCCGGCACGAUAUCCAGCGCCGAGGAGCGGGAUCGCGAGGGCGAAGAGACGGCGGCGGCGCUGCUCAACGGGCGGCGCAACACGAUGCAUGUGCAGGGCAUCUCGCACUGGGCGCCGGCCAACAUUGGCCCCUACAGCCAGUCCACCAGGAUUGGCGACAUCACGUACAUCUCCGGCCAGAUCGCCCUGGUGCCCGGCAGCAUGACAAUCAUCGAGGGCGGCAUCCGUCCGCAGUGCAAGCUCACGCUGCGCCACAUCAGCCGCAUUGCCAAGGCGAUGAACGCCCACGGCCAGCUGCGGGACGUGGUGCACGGCAUCUGCUUUGUGACCCAUCCGGCCUUCAUCGGCGAGGCGCGUCGCCAGUGGGAGCGUCGCACCACCAAUGCCAUCAUGGACUACAUAGUGCUGCCGGCGCUGCCGCGGGAGGCCUUGGUGGAGUGGCAGGUGUGGGCGCACACCCACAACGAUCGAUUCGACUACGAGGAGACUGGCUGUUCGGUGGGUGACUACACCAUCUCUAUACGGCGUCGCUGGAACUACGAGAACAACUGUGCGGCCAUUGUGUGCUACGUGUCCACCGGCCUGGCCUCGUCCACCACCCAGCUGACCCAGCUGAGCGACGACAUCCUGGGCAACCACUGCCGUCUGGCGCAAUCGGUUAGUGCCGAGCAUCUGGACGAGAUCCUCACGUAUGUGGUGAAUCGUCUGCUGAAGGACUAUCCGCUGGCCAAGAAGCAGUCGCAGCCGCAGCAGGCGUCGAAUUCUGGAACACCACCUGCCACGCCGACGCAACCGGGCGGCGCUGGCGGGGAUCAGCACCAACCAGUGCCGGCCAUCCACCUGAAAUUGUUCUACCAAGUGAACGCCGCUCCGGCAACGGAUGUACUGCUCCAGGCGCUGCACGACUUCCGUCUCAAGUGCCAGGACACGGCCGCCAUUGUCUACACAGUGCUGCCCGCCUGCAGCCUGCACAACUUCAGUACGUUCCUGUCCAUUUGCGGGGUGAGGCACGAGUAGGAGGCCCGCGCAGGGUGGAGAAGGAGGAGGAGGAUGAGGAUAAGGAUGAUGAGGAGGAGGAGGAGAAUGAUGAAACAAUUUGCUGCCACCGCACCAAGCAGAACACAGAAUAUAUAUAUAUACACCACUAUAUAUACACAGAUAUAUGUAUAAUGGAUGGGUCCCAAUUUGGUUUGACAAAGAAUCGCAUCGGCAGGAAGUAAUCUUUGGAUAGUUGCCAGUUGGUUUUUGAAACUGCGCAUCUGUGCAGUACGAAUCCAAGCUAAAGCUUCCAUGAUCAGUUUUUCUGUUAUUAAUAACAAAGUAAUCGAUCGAAAUUACAAUCAGCCGUUUUCCAAUUGCAUUUUUUAAUCUGUCAAACGUCUCAGUAACAUCUGUGCAUAUAGCGUUAUUGCAAAACCAACUGGCAAACACUAUCCAGAGCUUACUUUGCGUACCAACACUUUUCAGUUAGCAAAAAAUACAAACCGACCCACUUAAGUGUAAAAUCAGCUUGCCUUUGUUGACAUUGUUAACUAGCAGAAGGACGCCGUAGAGCCUGCAUGCGUAUCCAUAGAAUAGCCCACUUCGUGUCACAGUUUCGGACCAAAAACUCUCUCACAAAAGAACGAAGAAAACCAAAAACACUCAACGGAUCUAUGCAACUCAAGUGUUUCAGCAACUAGCGAGGGCAAACCAAGCAUACAAAUUCAAUUCAAAGCAACUUUAUAUAUUAUAUACGCAAGAGCAAACCAUUUUUGUGCACUCUUUUGCCCAAAAACCAAAAAACUGUAACUAUACUCUUAUACAACUAUUAACUAUUAAUCGUUUUUCGAUGUGCUUUUCUUUACGCUCCGAUUUUUUAUAUACACAUAUAUAUAAAUGUACAUCUCAGCGAUUUUCCUCAUUUUCCAAGUAGCCACAAGAACACUGCAAGAAAAACGACAGCGUUGUAAAGCAAUUGAUUUGUGUAUGUCGUAAGCUUUAAAUAUUGUGGAGGGCAGAUGAUGUGGCCCAUUCUUCGACCACGUCGCAUCAGUUUCAUUAUUAAUAAUCCGAAUGUAGCAAAUUCGCCAUAGAGAACCUAGUUUAUGUCAUCUUUCUUUGUAUUCUGUUUCCAUAGGUAUCGAAGUUACCGACUAGAGGUUAUUGAGUGUGUUGCUUAGAGUACAACUUGUCCAUAGUUUUCCCCGCACAAUCUGCCACGGAAACGGAAACGAUUUUGGCUGAAUUCCACGCCGAAAUUUGGUCAGCAUACACUUUUAUAAUGUAAAUUACGAUACGAUAUCGAUGGGGCGCUGAGCGGGGGAAUGCUGAAAGAAGAUUAUUACAUGCUAUUAUGUAUUGUUAUGGAAAAAUAUAUUGAUAUUGAUUGAGUGUCAUUGCAAAAGUCGAAAAAACCAAAGAAA